AUGCCCAGGGUGAUACAGGUCUCACGAGUUUACCAGCUGAUUGAAGAUGGCUGCACAGACAUAGAGCUGUCCAAGGGAAUAAUCGGGGUGAACCUGAAACUUGAACAUGCCGUUUCGCCAAAAGAGCGCAAUAACAAUUUGCGACGCAAGGACACUUUGGUCAGCGCUAUGCCGGAGUGGCUGAGGGAAUACGAGAGAGUGGCUGUGAGACAGCAAGAAUAUCUUCAGAGAAUCAAGGACCUGCGCAAAAGCCUCGAAAACAGAGAUGAACAGUUUAUGAUGGUUGCGAUAGAGCGCAUGCGUACACUUAAGAGGGGGCGUUUCCGUGAUCCGAAAUACCCAGAAAUAUCUCAGAUGCCACGAAAGAUGUACUACAUGGGACCGGAAGCAUUUCCCCAACGUUCAUGUGUCUUGCACGAGCGACAGGGGAGAUUUUACAUGGCCCCGAAUGUUUUGCCACGUAAACUAGCUCCGCUUGUAAAAAACAAACGGCGUUUGGCACCGUUACCACCCUACGGUCCUGUUGACCGGCUUAAGACUGACUAUGAACCUAUUGAAAGUAUUGCUGCUCGGAAUAAGAUCAAUUUACAGCAUUACAUGAACCAAAGAGACAAAGGUUCCAAUGGCCCAUCACCACGUCAGCCGUUGUCAAUAACAACGGUGACGGUACAGAGUAGUGACGAUGAGGGGGAUCUCGAGGACGUGUCUAUGGAGUAUAUUACAGACGUCAGUUCUAGGAAGACCAUCAUUGACCCUCGUAAAGUAUAGUUGUGACCGACAUCAGGUCAGUCAAGACAGUCGUUUAACCUCGCAGAGGUUUAUUGGAGUAAAUGAGUAGACUCAAGGCAGACCAUCGAUGAUUCACAUAGAUCUUCACAGAAUACACAACAGACAUUGUCCCGUGGAAGAUCCGUAUACGUCGUCGUGGAGAUCAUUCCAUGGAGUGUGCAGCUGAGAUCAGGUCCUUCUUGGAUUGGGACAUCAGUCUAAGUAAACUUUGGCUCAGUAUUAUUCGUUACACUGCUAUACUGAGUCUAACAAAACCUAGUAGAAGGUUUUUUAUAGAGUGGAUUAUAUAACUGACACAAUUUCGUGGACUGUAUUUUCAUAGAGAUGACAUUCAGUGGAAUGUCGCAGCUAACACUUGUACAAGAGUAUCCCUCAGC